CUGUUACAAUCCGGGUCAUUUGUUUCGAUCGCGGGAUUAUGGAGUUUGAAUGAAAAGUUAUGAUUCUUGGAUAACAGUUGUUGUUUUUUUAUUUUGCAAAUCGAAAAUUCGUUUGUUCUAGGUUGAAUUAAAUCAUAUAAUUCAAAAUUGUCAAACUGGUUUUGAUAAGCUACUAAAAUGUGUUAUUGUCAAAGUGUUAAUUAUCGACAAUAUUCAGGAAUUUACUAAUUUGAUGAAUUGUUAGCAGAUACAAAUUAAAUUAUGACGCACUUUUAUCUUAAUUACGGCAGGUGGUAACUUAUAGGAUAUUGAACUCUACGUUGUUGUUAAUGAGGAAAGAAGACUAUAUUUAUGACAUAACUGAUUGUUGUAAAAAAAUAAGCUUUUGUGUGUACGUCCAUUAACGUCAUUAUCAUUUAAAUCUAUUAUACUUUUUGAAGAAUUGGUUCAUAUUUAAAUAAUGUGAAAAAUAUUCUUUCUAAAACAUGAACUGCGACCUUGAAAACAUGAACUCUGACCUUGAAAUCAUGAACUCUGACCUUGAAAACAUGGAAACUGGGUUUAGUGAAGUUACAGACGAAGACUUAAAUGAACUAAAUGAAAAGAACGAUUCACAUGUCAAAAAUGAAAAAGCUGAUGUUGGCAAUGAACAGCCGGAUAUUGGUGAAAUGUCAGAUGGGUUUGAGCCUGACACAGCUGAUGUUUCAAACGUUGAAGAGAGAUCGGUAGUAAUGAAUAACAACUUUAUUCUACCAAUGGAAUCUGUAGAAACAGAAGGAAAUAUGGAGGACGAGAAAGCAUCAAAGAAACAGAAAAGGGAAAAGAAAGAUGGCCGGUUUUACAAGUUUGUGAAAAAGCAUUUUCUACAACGAAGGAAUACUUCUAAUGAUGUCAAAGAAAUCCGAAUCGUUCCGGAUGGAGAUGAAUUUAAAUGGGCGCGCAGAUCGGCCGGAAGUGCUGCGUCACGGUCUAGUAACGAAACAACCAGUAGCGACGGGGAUAGACUGGAAGUAGUACAUGAUAUGGCGGAAGAAUACACUCCGGAAUUCUGAGUUUUGAUGAAACUACUUUAAACGUUGGUGCUACAAU